ACUCUGAAGAGGCUCUGGGAACGACGACGGCUAGCAGCAGGAAGUCUGCAGAGGCAACAGAAGACGGCUACAGGCCAGACGCAGAUGCCCUUCCGAUAACCCCUGAUUUCCCACUACCGCCCAUUCAAACCAUUCUUGAGAUGCUGGGAGGCGCCAAGCACCAGUUCUACCCAAAAUUCCGCAAAUGCAAGUUUGCAAGGCAAACAAUUACAUAUUUGGGUUAUACUAUUCCUGCUGCGGGGAUCAAACCUGCAGAAGAUAAAAUCGCAGCCAUUCGGCAUUGGCCAGAGCUGCUGGAGAACGAAACGCAAGUGCGCCAGUUCCUCGGUACCAUCAAUUACUGUCGCAUGUUCAUGGGACCGGACUAUGCAGACGUUGCCCGGCCACUGGUUGAUCUUACGCGUAAAGACGUCAGUUUCGAAUGGACAGAGCUUCACACGCAAGCGGUGCGGCAGCUCAAACAGCGCUUAAUCGACUUCACUACAUUACAAGUCCCUGACACCACGAAACCCUUCGACUUAUACACGGACGCCUCUGGUUAUGCGAUUGGAGCAGUUCUGGAACAAAAAGGCAAGCACAUCGGCUUCCUCAGCUAA